AUGUCCUUCCUCUUCGGCAAGAAGAACAAGCAGCAGUCCAAUGCGCUGCCGGCAGCCACCCGCGAGAUAACUUCCUCACACGGCCCGGCACCACCACCAGUCGGCGCUCCUCCCAACGGUGCAGCCAUUCGUGAUGGCGAGAAGAACCGACCUGGUCCGCAGUCGCAGACGCCUACGCCAGGGAGCAGCGUGAACAACUCGUUCAGUUCUCUCAACAACCAGGGCAAUGCGACAGCGCCAGAGCCAAAAGCACUGCGGGACCGCGCAGACCCCAACCCACAGAAUGCCAGAGGCCUGGGUAGCGCACCAGACUCCCCAUACCCGUGGGCGUCCCGACGUCUCAAUUUCACCGCCGGCAACCCAUUUCCACGUUACGGCGCCGCCAUAAAUUCAACUGCAUCCAAGGAUGGCACAAUAUACCUCAUGGGAGGCCUUGUUGGUGGUGCGACUGUCAAGGGCGAUUUGUGGCUGACCGAGAUGGGCAACGGAAGCAUGGCAUGCUACCCUAUUUCCACUACAGGAGACGGGCCUGGGCCGCGCGUAGGGCAUGCCAGUCUGCUGGUGGGCAAUGCGUUCAUUGUAUUUGGCGGUGACACGAAAUUGGCCGACAAUGACGACUUGGACGAUACGCUCUACUUGUUGAACACAUCCACGAAACACUGGUCCCGCGCAUUACCACAAGGCGCUCGUCCUACCGGCCGCUACGGGCACACAUUGAACAUCCUCGGUUCAAAGAUUUACAUUUUCGGUGGACAGGUCGAGGGGCUGUUCUUCAACGACCUAGUUGCAUUUGACCUGAACUCACUGCAAUCCUCGACCAGUCGCUGGGAGGUUCUCCUGCCGAACAGCAAGGAUCAGGUCUCCCCCCAGGGCAGAUCACCACCUGCCCGUACCAACCACUCUGUAAUUACCUGGAACGACAAGCUAUAUCUAUUCGGUGGCACUGACGGCAUUACUUGGUUCAACGACGUCUGGACAUAUGAUCCGCGCACAAAUGCGUGGGCUGAGCUCGACUGCAUCGGCUACAUUCCAGUUGCGCGGGAGGGACAUUCUGCUGCGCUUGUCAACGACACCAUGUACAUUUUCGGUGGCCGUACGCAGGAAGGCGUUGACCUUGGUGACCUUGCAGCUUUCCGCAUCACAUCUCGCCGCUGGUACAUGUUUCAAAACAUGGGCCAUUCACCGUCAGCGCGAUCCGGUCACAGCAUGACUGCAUUCGGGAAACACAUUGUUGUCAUGGCUGGCGAGCCUAGCUCUUCAGCCAGUGAUAGGAACGAGCUCAGUCUUUCCUACAUCCUGGACACUUCAAAGAUCCGUUAUCCGCCCAACGAAACUGCACCCCCUCAACAAGCGCUGAACACGCCCCGCAAGUUGAGUGGUGGUGAAAGGAGCGGUAUUCCUCAAGGCAAGACUCCCCCUCCAAGGCGCGAAAGCAUGUUGCCUGGACCCCAACUGUCCCGAACCCCUGAUGCCAUGGGCAACAACGUUGGUGCUGGUGGAUCGCGCUUACCUCGUGCAGCUGGCCAACCACCACCCGGUCCUCCACCACUACAGCAACCUCCGCAGCCUCGCGUCAACGGAGCCAAUGUGCAUGGCAUGGCCAAUGGCAGGAGCAGGACACCAACUAAAGGCGAUCGAACAUAUGGACCUCCAAUAGAUACCGGCUUUGCUGGCACGCUCGACCGAGAGAACCGAUCACCCUUGAGCAACGACAGUCCUUUGACUGCAGAUCUGUCCCGAAAGACUUCCGACGCCGUGAGUCAGCGAACGCCCAAGGAGUCUAUAGACACCACACGUUCUGGCAGUGUAGGAUCGAGAAACACGUCUCGUUCGCACCGCCAGCAGUUGUCGCAGGAUAGCGCUGACCAUUCUACACCGAGGCGCUCAAUCGAAACGCAGCAGCAACGAAGUAUGAGUCGUGAUGCUGAACGUCGCCCAAUCGAUAGUGGACUAGGCGCAUCUCCCGCGACUAAUCAACAAAACGAUGACCUUCUUCGCGAUCUAGAACUCGCUAAGAGUCGAAACGCAUGGUAUGCCUCGGAGCUUGCGCUGGCCCGUAAAGCGGGUUACAAUCCUACCUCAACCAGUCCUAGCUUCGAUGAACGGUCUACCGAGUCUCUUCGAGAUGAAGACAAACCACUGCUCGAAGCUCUUUUCAAGAUGAAAUCUGAACUUGAGCGCGUACAAGGUUCUAUCAAAAGUCAGGGCGAGGACGCAGCGAAGAGAAUCGGCCGAAGUUGAGAGACAACGUGACGCGGCUGUGAAUGAGGCCAUCUACGCUAAGACGAAACUGGCUGCUCAUGGCGGUGGUAGCCAAAGCGGCACGCCCCAACCAGAUGCAACUCGCAGUACAGCAACACCCGACCAGGAUCGCAUUCAGGACAUCAGAUCGCCGAUUGGUUGCAUCGUUGGCUGCCCACAAGUGAGUUGUCUAAAAAGCUGGGCAAGAUAACCUCUGAACUGGAGGCGGAGAAAAGGGCGAAGCAGCUUGCAGAGGAGACUGCGGAAGCAGCUCAAAAUCGUGUGCGUGAGCUCGACUCUACACGACAGAAAGCUACAGCCGAAUGUGAAAGUCUUCGAGCUGAUCUGCAUGAAGCCGAACGGGUGGCACGUGAAGCAUCUGCCAGUGCGGCAGAAGCAGAGACAUCAGCCAAGCUGUUGGCUGUGGAUAAGCAAGAGAUGAGUUCAAAGCUCGCAAGAUUGACUGAGGACGCGACGCGGCAUGUGUCUUUACUUGGGUCUUUGCGAGACGCCGUAGCCUCGUCAUCUGACAAGACUGCUCUUC